GCCUCUGUCCCGCUGCAGCCACCAUUACUUCAAGUACUGCAAGAUCUCGGCGCUGGCCCUGCUGAAGAUGGUGAUGCACGCCCGCUCUGGGGGCAACCUGGAGGUGAUGGGGCUGAUGCUGGGCAAGGUGGACGGAGAGACCAUGAUCAUCAUGGACAGCUUCGCUCUGCCGGUGGAGGGCACCGAGACCCGCGUCAACGCGCAGGCGGCCGCCUACGAGUACAUGGCCGCCUACAUCGAGAACGCCAAGCAGGUUGGUCGUCUAGAAAAUGCAAUUGGCUGGUACCACAGUCACCCUGGCUACGGCUGCUGGCUCUCCGGGAUCGAUGUCAGUACUCAGAUGCUUAAUCAGCAAUUUCAAGAACCCUUUGUAGCAGUGGUGAUUGAUCCGACAAGAACAAUAUCUGCAGGAAAAGUAAAUCUUGGUGCAUUUAGGACAUAUCCUAAGGGAUACAAACCUCCGGAUGAAGGUCCCUCUGAAUACCAAACUAUUCCACUUAAUAAAAUAGAAGAUUUUGGUGUUCACUGUAAACAGUAUUAUGCAUUAGAAGUAUCUUACUUUAAAUCGUCUUUGGAUCGUAAAUUGCUUGAGCUUUUGUGGAACAAGUACUGGGUGAACACUCUCAGCUCUUCUAGUUUGCUUACUAAUGCUGACUACACCACUGGCCAAGUCUUUGAUUUGUCUGAAAAAUUAGAGCAGUCAGAAGCUCAGCUUGGACGGGGGAGUUUUAUGCUGGGUUUAGAGACUCAUGAUAAGAAAUCAGAGGACAAACUUGCUAAAGCAACAAGAGACAGCUGCAAGACCACCAUAGAAGCUAUACAUGGAUUGAUGUCUCAGGUUAUUAAGGAUAAACUGUUUAAUCAAAUUAAUAUAGCUUGAAGUGCAUCGCUAGCUGAUAUGAAUCUCCAAAGCAGAAAAAGUUAUGGUUUCUUUCACUUGGACUUGUUCAACUUGGGAAAAGGAUCUGAAGUGGAAAAUUAUUCAUUUAAAUUGUAGUACUUUAAUAUUUCCCACCUGUCUGACCGGAUUUAAAGAACAAAACGUUCUGAAAUGUAGUGUAACUUUUUGUUCUUUACCAUAAAACACAACCAGUUUUGAGAAUUGCUCCAAAAGGAAAAUAAAUGUGACUUACUGGAUUUUGGUCUGAAGUAUUUAUCUCAAGUAUCUACUUGUAAUAAAACAGUUUUAAAAAUGAA